AUGAGUAAUUUAUUAGAUAGCGAAAAUCCAAUUGUAUUUUUUGAUGUAGCAAUGAUGAACAACAAAACACCAAUACCAUUGGGCAGAAUUAAAAUGGAAUUAUUUGCAGAUAUCGUACCAAGAACUGCUGAAAAUUUUAGACAAUUUUGUACAGGGGAACACAGAGUAUCAGGUCAACCAGUGGAUUUCAUGAUACAAGGUGGUGAUUUUUUAAAGAAUGAUGGGUCAGGUAGAACAUCAAUUUAUGGUGAAAGAUUCGAAGAUGAAAAUUUUCAACUUAAACAUGCGCUACCAGGUAUGUUAUCAAUGGUAAAUAGUGGGCCAAAUUCAAAUGGUUGUCAAUUUUUUAUAACAUGUGUACCAGCAGAUUGGUUAGAUGGUAAAAAUGUAGUUUUUGGACGUGUCAUUGAAAAUGGCAUGAAAAUUAUUCGUUCAAUAGAAGAUGUACCGGUUAAUCCUCAAACCCAAAAGCCAAAAUACGAUAUAGUUAUAACCGAAUGUGGGCAAUUAUAA